UUGACUUGUCAAAUAACCAGGGAAAGUAAUUCAAAGAGGAUAAAGGUUUUUCCCAUUUAAAUUUCAACUUGAUAUCUUGAUAUUAUUCAUACACUUUUUAUUGUUAAGUGAACCAUGAAUUUUUUUAGGACAAUUGUGCAGAACGUAACUAGACGUUUUUCCAUGAUGGAAUCUGCUGAAAAUUAUUUAUACUAUUCCCAUGAAAAACUGCUCAACCUUAUUCAGGAAAUAGGUGAUGAAGACGUUGCUGUUCAGGAAUAUUUGAAGAACGUAAAGUAUGCCCCAAUUAAAGAUUUCGAGCAAGGACUUGAAUGGUUCAAUGUAUCAGAUGCCCUAUCAUUUAAAAAGCAUUUAAAAGGGAAAGUUGUCGUCUUGGACUUUUUUACUUAUUGUUGUAUAAACUGUAUGCAUAUUUUACCAGAUCUUCGUGAAAUCGAAAAUCAGUUUUCUGUCGAGGAUGGCUUAGUUGUGAUUGGCGUUCAUAGUGCUAAAUUUGAGAAUGAGAAAAUAUCCUCGAAUAUCUUGGCAGCAGUCCAACGCUAUAACAUCGGUCAUCCUGUAGUGAAUGAUGCUAAUUCUGAUAUGUGGAAAAACUGUGAUGUCCAAUGCUGGCCCACUCUUUUAAUGCUUGGCCCAAACGCGAACCCAAUAGUCAUGUUAACAGGAGAGGGGCACAAAGAAGAUCUCCAACUGUACAUAAAAAACGCUUUGGCGUUUUACAAAUCGAAGAACCAAAUAUCAGAUCAUAAAUUACCAUUCCUACCAGCAUAUCACUUACUUCCUGACCUCAAAGGCCCUUUGCUUUUCCCUGGGAAGAUCACCAACAUUUUAGACGAGAAUAACCACGAGAUUCUAGCUGUUUCUGACACGGGAAAUAAUAGGAUAUUGAUAAUUAAGGGGGACGGCACUAUUUUGCAGCAAAUCGGAGGGAAGAAACUCGGUUUUAAGGAUGGAAAUCUUGAAGAUGCAGAGUUUAAUAAUCCUCAAGGCCUCGCGUUUCAGAAUAAAGACGUUUUGUUUGUUGCCGAUACCGAAAAUCACGCAAUUCGGAAAAUCAAUUUAAAGAAUAGAACCGUCGAGACUGUAGCAGGUACCGGUUUCCAAGGUCACGACCGAACGGGCGGAAACCUGUGGAAGAAACAAACCAUCUCGUCCCCCUGGGACGUGUGCAUCUACCGCACAGCCGACAUGGACCUGACGUUUCACCCAGAUGGCAAACCUCCUAUGAGAGACGUCCUGAUUAUCGCCAUGGCUGGAACCCACCAGAUCUGGGCGUUAUUCCUGGAGGACACCGUCUGGUGGAAGUGUAAGAAGUACCCGGCCGGCGCGUGCAUUAAUAUAGCCGGUUCGGGAAAGGAGGAAAACCGAAACAACAAUUACCCUAACUCUGCCGCGUUUGCUCAGCCCUCGGGAUUGGCGCUUUGCGCCAAGAAUAAGGAGGUUUACAUAGCCGACAGUGAGAGCUCGAGUGUGAGGCGGUUAUCUCUCGUAGAUGGGAAAGUGACGCCGGUUGUUGGAGGAGAUAGGAAUCCAUAUAACCUUUUUGCGUUUGGAGACAAGGACGGGAGCCUGUUCGACGCCAAACUUCAGCACACUCUCGGUCUGUCGGCCACGGCGGACGAAAAAACUGUGUUCGUGGCCGAUACGUACAACCACAAAUUGAAAAAAAUCGACAUCGCUCAAAACUCCGUAACGACCCUAGUUCCACCGGAUGGAGACACCUCCAACGGUACCUUGCGGUGCUUCAACGAACCGGCUGGUAUGUGCGUCAGCUUCGACAAUAAAAAACUCUAUCUGGCGGACACGAAUAACCAUUUCAUUAAAAUUGUCUAUUUGGGGUCCAAGUCGAAUAUCACGAAAAUCGAAAAAUUAACCCUUAAGAAGCUCACAGAAAAGAAAUCGGUGCUGGAUAAAUCAAAGUACACCGUGAUAAACUGCAAACCUGUGAUCGUUAACUCGAAUGGCGGUAAAGUGAUAACUAGCAUCGACGUUUCCUUCAAAAACGAUUUGAAGCUAACCGACGACGCACCACAAAGCUGGCUGGUGGAUCUGCCGGACUCCACUUGGUCUUGCGUGCCAAAAAACGGGUCCAACCUCAAGAAUAUUAAUUUAGUUAUUAGCGUGCCGCUCGAAAGGGACGCCAAGGAUAAUUUCGCCGAUAUCGUUUUUAGUCUCGUGACUUGCACCCGGGAAACUUGUUUGCCGAAGAAUUUUAUCAUUAGACUACCGGUGGUUUAUUCUAAAGACGCGUCGACCAGCGUAACUAGGAAGAUCGAGGUGGGCGCAAGUCCAUCCGAUGUUAAAAUUGUUUAAACGGUGAUAUUUCUGCGUGUUAUGGAAGCUUGUGCUUUUUAUAGCUUGAUUUACGGUAAACCAGUGUUAUUAUCGGGUUUUAUUUGUAUUUUACGAGAGCCAGUUUUGUAUAGGUUUCAAUGCAGCAGAGUUUUUGGUUUAUGUAGUAAAUGAAAAUAUUUUUUUUUUAAGUUUUCCCUGAGAGAAUAUAAAACUAAUUUUUUUAUUUUAUUUUUUUAA